CGACGUCUCCAGAAAAUGAUGCAAAGCUCAGCAGCGCUGGCCACAGAUGCGCCCGUCAAGGGGCUUCCAGAAAUCCUCGGGCUGCCAAUGCAACAGAUUCCUCGCUGCUCAGGAUGUAACGAGCACAUAUUAGAUAAAUUCAUCCUGAAGGUUCUAGAUCGUCACUGGCACAGCGCGUGCCUUAAGUGCUGCGAGUGCCAGGUACCCCUGGCUGAACGCUGCUUCUCUCGGGCUGGAAAUGUUUACUGUAAAGACGACUUCUUCAAGCGAUUUGGCACCAAGUGUACAGCGUGUCAACAGGGGAUCCCACCGACCCAAGUUGUACGGAAAGCCCAAGACUUUGUAUAUCAUCUACACUGCUUCUCCUGCAUCAUCUGUAGUAGACAGCUGGCCACUGGAGAUGAGUUUUACCUCAUGGAGGAUGGCCGGUUAGUUUGUAAAGAGGACUACGAGACCGCAAAGCAGAAUGAUGACUCAGAAGGUGGAGCUAAAAGGCCUCGUACCACGAUAACAGCGAAACAACUGGAGACAUUAAAGAACGCUUACAAGAACUCACCGAAACCAGCCCGGCACGUGAGGGAACAGCUGUCCUCGGAGACCGGGCUGGACAUGCGUGUUGUGCAGGUUUGGUUCCAGAACAGAAGAGCUAAAGAGAAAAGACUGAAAAAAGAUGCUGGCCGGCAGCGAUGGGGUCAGUUCUACAAAAGCGUCAGGAAAUCACGAGUAGGGAAGCCAGGGAAGGAGAGUUCUACAGAGGAUUGUGGAGUCAGUGACAGUGAAUUAAGCUACAGAGAUGACCAGAUUUUGUCAGAGCUGGGAUCAACGGCUGGUAUUUACAGUACAGGAGGGGACCUUGUGAAUGUGCCUCUAGUCAAUGGAGGCUUUACAAUAGAUGCAACAGGACAGUCCUACCAGGAACUUCAUGACGGUAGCCCCUAUGAUAUGCCACAGUCACCCUCUUCUAUUUCAUCCCUUCCAUCCCAUGGGUUACCAUACAAUAUGGACAAUGCAGGAGGGCUUCUCAACCAUCCCCCUUUACGAGCACUACCAGCUGCUCCAACCUCUGACAUCUCCACAGAAAGCAGCAUGGGCUAUCCAGACUUCCCAACCAGCCCAGGUUCCUGGUUAGAUGAGAUGGACCAUCCUCCAUUUUAA